GCGGGGCCAGAGGCAAGGCGUUCCCGUCGGGGUGUCUGCCUGGGUUCCCCUCAUCCCCUCUCGUCUGCUUCUCGCGGCUCGAGCCUCCCUCUGCACCGCGUCUGGCUCACCGCUGGCCCGGCCUGGUUCCCGGCCUUAAAGCGACGGCGAGGCGGUCCUGACCUCACGGCGCAGCUCCUGCCUCGGUGUUGGGUGCGGGAACGUCCCGGGUCAGUGGGACUAGAGGGGAACGGGCGGGGCUCACCUUUCAGCAGCACUUCCUGCGGCCGCGCGCCUGAUCCGGACUACAAACUUUAGCGUCUCUGAAGUUGCAGAGGUGCCUGAGGCCGUAAGGCGAGCUGGGGGGGGGGGGGGGGGGGUUUGCUGGAAGCAGACAGCACGAAGCGGCGCUUCCUCCCCAACAUCCCCAGCUUCUAGCACCCAAGUUCGCUGGUGCAGGUCCCUUUAAGGGCCCGGCCCUCCGCAGAGCGCACGUGAGCGGCCUCCGGAAGCCUCCGCGGAGCCACAACUCCGACGCUUUGCGGGCCAAGGAAGUCAUCUGCCCUGCACCUUUGACGUUAGUGGAAACUGAGGCCCAAGAGAGGGUACACGCUGCCCAAGCGCCGGAGUACUGGAGCCCUGCUGGACUGGAUGCUAUGAGUUGCUAAAAGUGAGCCUGGCUUUUUAGCUGCCUUGGGGUGCUGAGAGGGAGUCCCAGAACCAUGUCGGAUCUCCUACUACUGGGCCUGAUUGGGGCCUUGACUCUGCUGUUGCUGCUGACGCUGCUGGCCUUUGCUGGUUAUUCAGGACUGCUGACUGGGGUGACAGUGAGUGCUGGAUCACCCCCAAUCCGCAACAUAACUGUGGCCUACAAGUUCCAUGUGGGGUCCUAUGGUGACACUGGACAGCUUUUCACGGAGAGCUGCAGCAUCUCUCCCAAGCUCCGUUCCAUCGCUGUCUACUAUGACAACCCCCAUACGGUGCCUCCUGAGAAGUGCCGCUGUGCAGUCGGCAGCAUCCUGAGUGAGGGGGAGGAGUCGCCCUCACCUGAGCUCAUCCACCUCUAUCAGAAAUUUGGCUUCAAGAUAUUCUCCUUUCCAGCACCUAGCCAUGUGGUAACAGCUACCUUCCCUUACACCACCCCCAUAUCCAUCUGGCUGGCCACCCGCCGAGUCCAUCCUGCUUUGGAUAUCUAUAUCAAGGAGCGGAAGCUGUGUGCUCACCCUCGGCUGGAGAUCUACCAGCAAAACCAGAUCCAUUUCAUGUGCCCUCUGGCACGGCAAGGAGAUUUCUACGUGCCAGAGGUGAAGGAGACAGAGCGGAAAUGCCGGGAGCUUGUGGAGGCCACUGACACCCAGACGGAUGGCACAGGAGCUGACACAAGUGAUGCAAGUUCUGGCAGCCUGGAGGUUCGCCCUGGCAGCCGGGAGACUUCAGCCGCUACACUUUCUCCUGGGGCAAGCAACCGUGGCUGGGAUGAUGGCGACAACCGCAGCGAGCACAGCUACAGCGAAUCGGGUGCCAGCGGCUCAUCCUUUGAGGAGCUGGACCUGGAGGGCGAGGGGCCCUUGGGGGAACCACGACUGAACCCUGAAGCCAAGCUUCUGGGGGCUCCUCGGGAGCUCAGCACCCCAGAGAGGGGUGAGGAGUAACGACAAGCCCUCAGCCCUCCUGACUCCUCACCCCUCUUGUGGUGCAUUUGCUAAGGAACUGAGCAAGCUCUCCAGCCCUCUUUUUCCUUAACCUGCCUAGCUUGGGCUGGGAGUACCAGGAGCCUGAGUUCUCCUGCUCCAAGUCUAAACCUCCUUCCUCACUGCCCUUUUGGCUCCUGGGGCCAAAGGAGCCAGAGACUGUUAUCUGCACCAGCCCCCUGGGCUGCCGACUUUGCAGACUCUUAUUGGAGCUUCCAGAACCCAGAAUAAAGUGAAUUACUUUCUUGUUUCACCUGGA